AGCUUUGUUCGGAUUUUCAGCACCAAAAUAAGAAAGGUAACGUUUGUUAUGUCAACACCGUUCUGUCAAAUCGUGCCGCCAGUUCGCUCAGCGCUCAUAAACAAACCAAUAUCAUGGAGAACUUUUCGGAAAUUUUUAUCAAAAUUAAGCCGCUUUUUAAUGCAGUUAUUAAGAACCCUACUCAAGCAAAUAUACUACAAUUGAAUGAACAGUUUAAGACGGUGGACAAUAGCAGUGUGCAAGUAUUACAAAACAUAUUCCUACAGCAAUUGCUCAUACUGGUCGAUGCCGUACCAGGGCAGAACAAAAACGAGCUAAAAACUCACCUAUUGGAAUGCAUUAUCACCAUUCUGCUGAAGGGCAGGCUUUCCAAAGCAGUGGCCCUGCGAACGACGCUACUGGCUGCCAUGAAGCUGUUGUACGACCGGGAUACGGGAACUGUACGUCCCGAUUUAUCCGAAGAGUACAAACUGGCCGUGCUGAAAGUCUUGUCGCUCGUGUCUCGCCGAAUCCAGUCGGAGCUGGUGGAGGAAGUGUACGUGAAAGAGAACCUAACCCUGCUUUCGCAAGCCAUCUUUGUGUGCGUCCGCAUAGUAGAAACGGAGCGCGCACGUAAACUCCGCUUCCAGGCAGUGGAUUCAAUUGUCUCGCUGCUGCAAGUGCAUGACGACUUCGACUUCAACGACACGGUGCUUCGCUGCCAGGUUGCUGAAUUGCUGUUCAUCACGCUCCCCAAACUUCUCGCCACUUACGUGUCCAUCAUCAACGGUGAUGAAAAGCAGGGUACCGCUGUGUACCGCAUAGCGAUAAAGGCGCUCGGACGUACGCUUAGCCUUAUUUUCGAAGAUUAUACGAAGGAAACGCUCCACGAUGAGUACGGCAUUGAACAAUUCCGCCAACUGACGGAAAGUUUAGCUGGAACGGAGAGGAGUGCAAACAUACUGGGAUUAGGAUUGAAGGAAAACGAUAAAGUUAAAUACUUCAACGAAACGUCGCGUACUCGCGACUGGCUGCUGCAGGCUGAGAAGAAGGUGGAACAAAUACUGCAGCUCAUUCUCCAUCUCCGUGGACAUGAGGAGGAGCUUAUUCGCCUGGAAUUUGCCAAAAUGAACUGUGAACUGCUCCGGAAUUGCACCUACAACAUGCCUAGCUGUACCGUGCACUAUCUACAAACCGUGAUUGCCAUGUGUAACGACGAAUCUGCACGUGUCCGCGAUCUGUGCGAAAGGUGUCAGAAUUCGGUUCCCUAUUUUACGAUGUCCUUCGCCGGAAAUCGAAUUGAUGAUCUGUUUUUCGACGCCCUCAACCAGCUGCCCCGCGUCAUCUACAGGGGAGAGGAGCGCGAACAAAUUGCCAGCUUUCGGUUGAUAACAGGAUUUUUAGGCUUCUUCUCCGAGCCGCAACUGGCCAGCAUUUUUUCAUCGCAAAACAUUCUCGAACAGUUCAUUAUGGUACUGCUGGCUGCAGCCGAGCUUGAUAGUGUUGCCGAGCUCGUCCGUCGAGAAUACGUGUCCUAUCGCUUUGAGUAUGAAGAAGGCUUUCAUAUGCAAAAGGAGAAAAACGAAUCCCGUUGGAUCGUGCUGAAGAACGUUUCUGCCCCGCGUGCGAAACAAGCUUUCCUCGAGCUCAUCCACAAACUACGGCAGCACGAUCAAGCGGUCAAUACCGUUCUCAUGUACAUUUUGGAGAAUUUCUACGCCUCAAGGAUGAACAGCAAUGGAUAUCUGUUCAUUUUGAGCGAACUGAUUCCGGAGAACACAAACGACGCAUCCAACCCAUCUCGACUGCUGGAGCCAUUCAAAACGCUACUCGCGGAAGUGCUGCAACCACACCACUGGUUUCUGGAGUUGGACGAAAAUGACAACAUUUCCGAUCAAAAGUACAAUGCGCUACACAUCUGUCUCGUGGUUCGUACCAUUGCCAAACUAGCACGCUUUAUGAUGGAACAGUUUCGUUGGUAUCUGUACGACGCGUUGCGCAUUCUCCUGCAAUGCUGCAGCAGUACGCUGAACUGCAUUAACGAAUCAACGGAGCUAGCACUGGACACUGUGGCCAGGUCGCAGGGAAUGUCGAGCAUUGAGCAGCUGCUCCAUCACAAUCUCGAUUACAUUUCGCAGCAAAUCACUCGAUGUCUUAGGCGCAAGGAACACUUCCGGGACGGCAUGAACAUGCUGGAAGCUGUGCUACGUUUUGUACCGUACGAUUCCUCGAACGUGCUAGAAACCACGGUUACACCUAUCAUUAUGAACAUUCUCGACAGCUACUCGCAGUACGGCGAGCGAAACUCGAUCGUGUGUCUGCGAGUGUUGCAAAUAUUUAUUCACUCGAUUCGGCUGCGGUAUGCGCACGAAGCGGAAAACGAAGCUGAAGCUACUAAUGAAAAGGCGGCAACUAAUCUUUCCGAACAGAUCAAACGCUUGCAAGCUUUUCUGCGGCGAGAAAUUGCAAAUGAAUCAGAGGAUGAUCCGGAAUUCAAUCCGGAUGAUCAGGACGAGCAACCCAAUGCAACCAAUAUGGACGAGCAAGCGACCGAACAUCAAGACGAAACAGAAACGGAGGAGAAAGAAGAACACGUUCCUUCGCAUAUAAAAAUAGUGUUGCGCAUUCUGACCGUUAAUUUCAAACACCUUGCAUCAUCGGAAGAUGCUGAACGGAUUGUGGCGCUGUCUACCCUUAAUGAGGGAAUGUAUGUGCUGCAGCGGUACGAAAAUCAGCUCCUACCGUUGGUACACAACAUUUGGUUCAACUUUACGGAGCGAUUCUCUGACCGGAAUCCGGCCGUGGUAAGGAAUGCAUUCGAGCUACUGCUCACCAUGGCACAAUUGUCCAAAGAUUUCAUACGCAAACGUUCGCUGGACGAUGUGCUUCCAAAGCUGUACCAAUUCAUGCGGGAACACUGGAAUGCUGACCCCGGCGCGCACCAGGUAUACAAACUGCAAUGUAAAUUCCUUACCUCGAUCGACGGUUUGGUGCGGAACCUCAACUUUAGCGAAAAGCAGCUCGACCAAACGCUGGAGAUUAUUCGCCUGUACUGGGUGAAGAGUGAACGGCGGGAAUUGAAGAAGCAGGCCGCCGAAUGUUUGCAGCGCAUGCGAUCGAUCAAUUCGCUUGCAGUAUUUGUAAAAUGUGGCUGUACAACUGUGCUGCAAUAAAGCGGACUGUAGGUAGCUUA